GGCUGGUAAGUCCCUGCUGGCGGAGCAGCGGCGGUCCCCGAGUCAACUUUCACCCCCCCCCCCACCCCUUUGCUUCUGCCUCGCCAUUCUCUUCUCCGCGAAAGAUGGCUGUUUGGAGAAGGGGGAGAAGUUAGGGGGUCGCCGGCGCGGGGCGAAGGAAGGCGCGACAGCCUCAGCAGGCGCGGGCGGAGGUUUCUCCUCUGCCAACUCCUCCCGGACCAACACUGACUGCUGAAGGAAGGUUGUGAGUCUGCAGCCCGUCUUGUUCGUUCUUCUCCAGAGUCCCAUGAUGAGCUCGCCAGUGCAGCCUGAUGGGGUGGCUGGACGAGAGCAGCUCUUGGCUCAGCAGAGAAUGCACAGUAUGAUCAGCUCAGUGGAUGUGAAGUCAGAAGUUCCCGUGGGCCUGGAGCCCAUCUCACCUUUAGACCUGAGGACCGACCUCAGGAUGAUGAUGCCUGUGGUGGAUCCUGUUGUCCGUGAGAAGCAACUGCAGCAAGAGUUACUCCUUAUCCAGCAACAGCAGCAAAUCCAGAAGCAGCUCCUGAUCGCCGAGUUUCAGAAACAACAUGAGAACUUGACACGGCAGCACCAGGCGCAGCUCCAGGAACACAUCAAGUUGCAACAGGAACUUCUAGCCAUAAAACAGCAACAAGAACUCCUAGAAAAGGAGCAGAAACUGGAGCAGCAGAGGCAAGAACAGGAAGUAGAGAGGCACCGCAGAGAACAGCAGCUUCCUCCUCUCAGAGGCAAAGAUAGAGGACGAGAAAGGGCAGUGGCAAGUACAGAAGUAAAGCAGAAGCUUCAAGAAUUCCUAUUGAGUAAAUCAGCAACAAAAGACACUCCAACAAAUGGAAAAAAUCAUUCCGUGAGCCGCCAUCCCAAGCUCUGGUACACGGCUGCCCACCACACGUCACUGGAUCAAAGCUCUCCACCCCUGAGUGGAACAUCUCCAUCCUACAAAUACACAUUACCAGGAGCACAGGACACGAAGGAUGAUUUCCCCCUUCGAAAAACUGCCUCUGAGCCCAACUUGAAGGUGCGGUCCAGGUUAAAACAGAAAGUGGCAGAGAGGAGAAGCAGCCCCUUACUCAGGCGGAAGGAUGGAAAUGUUGUCACUUCAUUCAAGAAGCGAAUGUUUGAGGUGACAGAAUCUUCUGUCAGUAGCAGCUCUCCAGGGUCUGGUCCCAGCUCACCAAACAAUGGGCCAGCUGGAAACGUUCCUGAAAACGACACCUCGGUUUUGCCACCUACUCCUCAUGCUGAGCAAAUGGUGUCCCAGCAACGCAUUCUAAUUCAUGAAGAUUCCAUGAACCUGCUAAGUCUUUAUACCUCUCCCUCUUUGCCCAACAUUACCUUGGGACUUCCGGCAGUGCCAACGCAGCUCAACGCUUCGAAUUCACUCAAAGAAAAACAGAAGUGUGAGACCCAGACGCUCCGACAAGGCGUCCCUCUGCCUGGACAGUACGCUGGCAGCAUCCCAGCGACUUCAAGCCAUCCCCACGUUGCUUUAGAGGGAAAGCCCAAUAGCAGCCACCAAGCACUCCUGCAGCAUCUCUUAUUGAAAGAACAAAUGCGACAGCAGAAGCUUCUCGUGGCUGGUGGAGUUCCCUUACAUCCUCAGUCUCCGUUGGCAGCAAAGGAGAGAAUUUCCCCUGGCAUUAGAGGUACCCACAAAUUACCCCGUCACAGGCCCCUGAAUCGAACCCAGUCUGCACCUCUGCCUCAGAGCACAUUGGCUCAGCUGGUCAUUCAGCAGCAACACCAGCAGUUCUUGGAGAAGCAGAAGCAAUACCAGCAGCAGAUCCACAUGAACAAACUGCUUUCGAAAUCUAUUGAACAACUGAAGCAACCAGGCAGUCACCUCGAGGAAGCGGAGGAAGAGCUUCAGGGGGACCAGGCGAUGCAGGAAGACAGAGCGCCCUCUAGUGGCAACAGCACUAGGAGCGACAGCAGUGCUUGUGUGGAUGACACACUGGGACAAGUUGGGGCGGUGAAGGUCAAGGAGGAACCAGUGGACAGUGAUGAAGAUGCUCAGAUCCAGGAAAUGGAAUCUGGGGAGCAGGCUGCUUUUAUGCAACAGCCCUUCCGGGAGCCCCAGCACACACGUGCGCUCUCAGUGCACCAAGCUCAGCUGGCUGUGGUUGGCAUGGAUGGAUUAGAGAAACAUCGUCUUUUCUCCAGGACACAUUCCUCCCCUGCUGCCUCCAUUUUACCUCAUCCAGCAAUGGACGGCCCCCUCCAGCCUGGCUCUGCAACUGGAAUUGCCUAUGACCCUCUGAUGCUGAAACACCAGUGCAUUUGUGGCAAUUCCACCACCCACCCUGAGCAUGCUGGACGAAUACAGAGCAUCUGGUCACGACUGCAAGAAACUGGGCUGCUAAAUAAAUGUGAGCGAAUUCAAGGUCGAAAAGCCAGCCUGGAGGAAAUACAGCUUGUUCAUUCUGAACAUCACUCACUGUUGUAUGGCACCAACCCCCUGGAUGGACAGAAGCUGGACCCCAGGACACUCCUAGGUGAUGCCUCUCAAAAGUUUUUUUCCUCAUUACCUUGUGGUGGACUUGGGGUGGACAGUGACACCAUUUGGAAUGAGCUGCACUCGUCCGGUGCUGCACGCAUGGCUGUUGGCUGUGUCAUCGAGCUGGCUUCCAAAGUGGCCUCAGGAGAGCUGAAGAAUGGGUUUGCUGUUGUAAGGCCCCCAGGCCAUCAUGCUGAAGAAUCCACAGCCAUGGGGUUCUGCUUUUUUAAUUCAGUUGCAAUUACCGCCAAAUACUUGAGAGACCAACUAAAUAUAAGCAAGAUAUUGAUUGUAGAUCUGGAUGUUCACCAUGGAAAUGGUACCCAGCAGGCCUUUUAUGCUGACCCCAGCAUCCUGUAUAUUUCACUCCAUCGCUAUGAUGAAGGGAACUUUUUCCCUGGCAGCGGAGCCCCAAAUGAGGUUGGAACAGGGCUUGGGGAAGGAUACAAUAUAAAUAUUGCCUGGACAGGUGGCCUUGAUCCCCCCAUGGGAGAUGUAGAGUACCUUGAAGCAUUCAGGACUGUAGUGACGCCUGUGGCCAAAGAGUUUGAUCCAGACAUGGUCCUAGUUUCCGCUGGAUUUGAUGCAUUAGAAGGCCAUGCCCCUCCUCUGGGGGGUUACAAAGUGACAGCAAAAUGCUUUGGUCAUUUGACGAAGCAGUUGAUGACAUUGGCUGAUGGACACGUGGUGUUGGCUCUAGAAGGAGGACAUGAUCUCACAGCCAUCUGUGAUGCCUCAGAAGCCUGUGUAAAUGCCCUUCUAGGAAAUGAGCUGGAGCCGCUUGCCGAGGAUAUUCUCCACCAAACCCCGAAUAUGAAUGCUGUUGUUUCUUUACAGAAGAUCAUUGAAAUUCAAAGCAAGUACUGGAAGUCAGUAAGGAUGGUGGCUGUGCCAAGGGGUUGUGCUUUGGCUGGGACUCAGUUGCAGGAGGAGACCGAGACUGUUUCUGCCCUGGCCUCCCUGACGGUAGAUGUAGAACACCCCUUUGCUUCAGAAGAUAGCAGAACUGCUGGUGAGCCUAUGGAAGAGGAGCCAGCCUUGUGAAGUGCCAAGCCCCCCACCCCCAUAUUUCCUGUGUGUGACAUCAUUGUGUAUCCCCCCACCCAGCACCCUCAGACAUGUCUUGUCUGCUGCCUGGGUGGCACAGAUUCGAUGUAACGUAAACACUGGGCACAAAAUUCCGAACAGCAGCUUCACUUGUUCUUUGGAUGGACUUGAAAGGGCAUUAAAGAUUUCUAAAACGUAACCGCUGUGAUUCUCAAGUUACGGUGAACCACUAUUGGAAGAAACUGCUUCCAGCAUGCUUUUAAUAUGCUGGGUGACCCACUGCCAGGCCCUAAGUAUAAACUAAUAACAUCCAGUAUGGCAUUAGAUACUAUUAAUUAUUAUGGAUGCUAUGACAGCCAGAGAAAUUCUGGGCAAAACCUGAAAAAUACUCAUUCCUGACAUUCUGAUCAGUUUCUUAAUGGAUAAUUUUUGUCAGUCUUAAACUGUUUACAGGAUUUGUUUUCAGCUAUGAACGGACAGCAGUUCCCAAUAUAUUGCAGGGGUUGUUUUGUUUUGUUUGUUUUUUGGCCUUUGUUUUAAACACAUGGUUCAAUUCUUGCUAGUAAGAGUUCAAGAUGGAAAAACUGGGAUGAGGCUUUUUUCAAUAGAAUAAGCCAUCCUGUAUCUCAAAGUCCAAAUGCCAAAGGACCCUCCCAUACUGUAUGUAAUGGUGCAGUAUUUUAUGUCCAUUUUUUUAGAAGAAUAACCCUAUUUCCUUAACAUCCCUCUGUGUGUUCUCACACGUGGGGGAUUUGCAGUUGUAUUUGAGGAUGAGGUCUCCGGUUCCCCUCAUACGUCCCUUGCUUUGAUGAGAAGUAGUAUCAAGCAUAUGUUCCACAGAGGAUGGUCUUAAUUUUUUUUUCCAAAUCUAUCAAGAACCUAGUUUGCACUUUCCAUCUUCUUUCCUCCAGCACAUGCUUUUUCUUACCUUUCAUCCUUCCUUCCUUACAGAAAAGCUAAAGAUUACCCACAAUCUCCCUGGCUAUUCAGGAGAUUUGAGUAUUUCAUUAUUUUUAACUUUUCAGGUUAACACAGUUGCUUGGUGUGAUGUGUUCUUUUAGCUGAGACACCAUGGAGAUGAAGCAAUAUCACUGAAUUUUCUAGAUCUUCAAAAUGUGUUAAUGAAGGCAUUGCCUAUUUGAAGUCACCUUGAAUUGUGUUAACCUCAAAGUUGUGCCUUCCUGUGGGGGAAAAAACACACACACAAAAACACAUAUUUAACUUUUGCACAUGUUGCCUUAAUGUCAGAGGCUAAAAAUAAAGGACAUUUAUUUCUGAGAUGAAAAGCGAUUUACUAAAUAUAAAUAGGUUAUGCCCCUGCCUCCCUAAAUUUUAUUUCAAUAUAUAGCUCAAACACCUAAAGACAUUGAUGUAGAAUACCUCGCAGUAUUUAAUAUCUGACAAUGCUUUUGAAAGCGUUGAUGUUUCUUUUUAUAUAUUUUCCUAACUCAAAGGAUAUAUUAAACCCAUAAGGGAAGAUUGUCAUGCUUUUAUUCAGAAAUCUGAAAGAAACCUUAAUUAAAACAAGGUUUUAGGGAAGGCCAUGAUAUGAAAGAUACAGAACAAUAUGGUUUUAGUUAAAGAGGACUCUAACCUGUAAAUCAAAGAUGAAAGAUCUCACUCAAGUAGAAUUAUAUAACUCCCUUUUGUUAUACAGUCAGACCAUAUUUUUCAUGCAUUUGGUUUUCUUAGGAUUACCAUUUUAAUUUUAAAGACUUUUAUUACAUAUACAAAAAUGGCUGAAUACUUGGUUUAACAUCUUAGAAAUUUGAGACACCCUUUGAAAUAGGAAAUCUGAAAUGGUAUGUAACUCAGUAUUAAGUAAAAAUUAGUUUUAUUGCAUAAGGGGUAAGGUCAAUCUAGAUUCAUAAUAGUAAUGAAUUUUUGCAAAAAAAUUCAUAUUUUCAGAGAAAUUCGUGCCAGUCAUAUUUGCUAGCUCUUCUAUUUUCUGUAAUCGCUUGAGGAGAUUUACUUACAGAAAACCAAGUAGUGGAGCCAAAGGAAUCCCCACCCCCAACAAGGAAACUUACAUCAUAUUUUAAUUGGGAACGUAAUUGUGACUUUUUAAAAUCAACUUGAUAGUAACAAAUCUCAAUUAUUACUUUCAGUCCUCCCAGAUAUUUUUUAGAUGUUGAAUAAAAAAAUGAAACAGUACAGUGCAAGCAUACUACUUUGCUGAAGUUGCCUAUAAUAAUCUUGCCACUUACCUACUAUACACAACCAUCAACCUGAUAAAGCCAAAUCGCUAGGACAUCUCCAUGGUUAUUUAAAUUUAAUACAUGACACAUUAAUGAGUUUAUCACACAUCCUCCCAUGUGAUACUGUACCCAAUUGGUUAGGUCUUCAGGAUACUCGGAGAGGCAGAUAAACUAUGGAGAGGAUUAAUCACAGCUGAAUGUAGUUGUAAGAACAGAAUGCCAGUGCUUUUUGAUUAGACCGUUACAAACUGUAGCAUAGCCCCCGGGGACAGAAUGGAGGCUUUUGGAGAAUAUCAAUGCUUCUUUUGAGAUAGACCAGCACUUUUUAAAAGGGUGGUUUCAUGUGGUAAUAGUUUUCUUCACUUAUAUAUUUAAUUUUUAUUGCUCAUAAUAAGAGGUUAUUAGAACUCCUCUCUAAAUAUUAUCAAUAAUAUAUCUUUCUGAUCCGUACUUUGAAGGUUAAAUACACAAGCUUUCUCACAAUCUCAUAGCUCAUACAUGAUGAAUAAAAAUGAUGACUUUUUAGAAACCAAUUCGUAAACAAUCAUAGGGCUUUAAAAUGUUUUGAUAAUAAGUACCAAAAGAAAAUUUUCUCAAUUAUAUAGUACAAUCCAAGGUUGCAUAUAGAAUUUAAAAAUAGACAAUUUUAUUAGGAUAAGUAAAAUGGACUUCAAGUGGUAAUUGAGGCUAUUUAAUUAUUGCUUAGUAAAUAGGAAGAACAUUUUGAGAUGAAAUAUUUUAAAACAUUUUUAACAAAUUUACAACAUCGAUAUUAGAGAUAGAAAUCCACUUUUAGAGAAAACAGAGAUACUCAUGAAAAACUAUUGCAAAUCACAUUUCAUUACCAAUCAUAAGAAUUGAAACCUUGCCUUCAGUUUCGACUAUAACCCUUUGCAAAACUUUCACACACCUCUCACUGAAGAUGAGCAGAAGUACCUGGCUGGCUCAGAUAGUAGAGUGUGAAACUCUUGAUCUUGGGGUUGUAAGUUCAAGCCCCAGCUGGGUGUAGAGAUUACUCGAAACCUUUUUAUAAAAAAAGAAAGAAAGCAUUGAAAGCAGGACAACUCCUCACGCAAUUUCAGAAACUGUAAGGGCUGGUCUCUCCUAAUAGUUUAGUACUAUUUUGUUUCCGAAGGUCAUUCGUAAAGCUUUGUGGAUUUACUGGGUUUCAUCACAGACUCCAUAUGGAAGUAAAA